UCUCACCGGCCCUGCGUGACACUAACCCCUUCUCUCUUCUCAGGUAACCCGAGGACCAUGGACGGUGACGAGGGCCAAGACCUGUCCCAAGUUUCAGGGAAGGAGAGCCCGCCAGUGAGCGACACCCCGGAGGACAGCGACGAGCCCAUGCCGGUCCCCGAAGACCUGUCCACCACGUCCGGAGGCCAGCAGGGCGCCAAGGCCGACAGGGGCGCGGUUUCUUAUGGGGCUGACGGCUUUAGGGAUUUCCAUGCAAUAAUCCCCAAUUCUUUCUCUCGUAAGUAUAUGCUUUGCUUCUAAGUAAACGUGGACAUG